UGGUCGACGGCCCCGUUUGUGCAGCUAUACACUCACCUCAAGAACGGUACCAGCGCACCCGGCUUGCUAGAGUCGCUCGCGGCAGACUUGGCCGGGCUUGUAACGACACCGCCCAAAAGCGAAGCUUCCAGAAAGCAGCUCACGGAAACCAAAAAGGUGACAAUCAACCUUGAUGGCGAAGCCACAGAAUACAACCUCAACGAGGAGUUCAUUCUCGAGACGGCGCAAUUGGCCGAGGAGUUGGGGUUGGACGAAAUGGUAGCCGCCAAGGUUUUGCUUUAUGCAUCCCAGGAAUCGCAGGGAACAUCCUUCCUCGAUAGCGGCAGAUUAGCCUUCUACGACAGACGUAUGUACAUCCUCUAUCUCACCUCGUACCUCGUCAACAACCCUGCGCACGUGGAAGCGGCGUUCACCGCGCCGCUGCUCGACACGGUGCUCGCGUCGAUGGCCACAAUCGAGGCUGAACUUGCCGAUGUCAAGCAAAAAAUCGCAAAACACGUCCUCUUGGCCAAAAAUGGAAUCCCCCUCACGGCCGCCGACUACGACACCGUCUUUAUGCGAAACGUCCAGUUCAGACGUCUGACCUUGUACAAACAGCACCAGAUUUUGGGCGAGAUCUUGUACGGCUUGUUCUCCCAGUCCCCCACUCUCAAGCAAUUCAACCAGGUACUCGCACACACAGCUACAUACCAGCCGAACGAUGCGUUUCUCAUGCACCAUCUUCCCGCAUUGCUCGGUUACAUCUCGCAGCUCGUGGACGAAGCGGCCGUCGUCGCGCUCUUUGCACAGUUCAGCGCCGCAAAGGACCUCCAACAGCGGCCGUUCGAGGCGUUCAUCGUCAUGGCAUUCUUCGUGCAUGCGUUGAACCUUGCACACACACGCCCCGCGCUCCAACCCAAGCUCAAGUACAACGACGUCAUUGCCAGCACCCUUGCGGCGAUCGGCGCGGGUGCCAUGGAGCAGUUCAUGUGCGUCGCGGCAGAAAUGAGUGUCGAGCCUCCGCACGAGGCAUUCUACGACUUCCGCUCCUUGUUGGAGCAGCAUAUCCCGCGCUUGGUCCCGGUACAGGUGCUCGACGCGGACGCAGCUGCGCCCACCCAAUACCUCGCGCGUGCCGCGCACGACCUGUUCUCGCCACAGUUCCUCUUUCUCGUGCUCCCGUUACUCCACGACGUUGUCUACAAAUUUGUCAAGAACUGUGCGCCCGUGCUCGUGUAUUUGAAAAACUCAGAAGAAGACACUCUUUUGUCGAAGGAUGACGAGGACGAGGAGACCGACGUGGUCGAUCUCGACGAGUUAUCAGAGCGUGCAGACUUGGAGCGUUUCUACCUCGCAGUGCAUUACCUCUACGCAAGCCGCCCCGAGCUUUCUGCCGCGUUCUGGAAAAGCUCAGCACCGCCCACCGCCAGCGACACCACUUUCAUGGACGACACCACCAUGGGCAACAUUUCCGUAAUACCUGCGGACUCUACCGAGCUCUUUGGCUUCCUCGAGUGGGCCGCCAAGGCAACCACAUCCCCGCUCAUCACCGCAACCUUCUGUUUGAUGGUGGCUGCAUUGGCGUCUGGAUCGUGCGAGAACGCCGAGCUGGCCUACCGCUUGCUCAGCAGCGCCGCGCCGGAUGCAAUCACCCUCACAUCCAUCCUCGGCUCUUUGAAGUACUACCGCAAGGCGUUGCUGCCAGAGGCGCACGAUGCGGACCCCGUGCUCGGCGAGGACUCCCUCGUGUUUAUCGCGGGGUUUUUGCGGGUGUUGAAGCACAUCGGUGCGCACGCAACCACCGGCGUGAAGAACGACUUGUUCAAGAAGUUCGGCCCCGUUUUGGGCCAGUUUUUGCGCCUCCUGUCGCCGCUCCACGGCGGCAUCUUCGAGGUCCUUCUGGCAAUCAGCAGCGACGACCUAGAGGUCAGAUACGACCUCUGGCGUCUUGUGGACGAAUGGGUGUUUGAGCACAUCCCAGAAGAGAAGGAUGCGCCGUUCCGCGCGCCCGAGAAGGCUCGCAACCUCGCGCGUGCGCCUAAACUUUUUCGCGCACGCCUUACUGCGCGCGCCGACGUCGUCGGCUUUGUCGAGUUGCUCGUGAGCCUCUUUGCACCGCGCGCCACGAUCCCCACCGAGAAGCUCCGCUUGUCCUUCCCGUACGACUUGGGCGCUGGCUACCGCGCGCCCGGCGUGUGGCCGUACAUUGAGUUUUUGCUCUCCGAUGUGUUUGUGACGGAGAACGACGCGUUACAGGGGAGCGUGUUGGCGAUGGCGGUGGCAAGCUUGGGCGACGUCGACUUCAAGUUUCUCUUGGACAGCGCGCCCGCCGCCCUCCUGAUGGUUACCGGCCUGGAAUUUCCGCCGACGUUCAAAGCCUUCCUCCAGGCCCACCCUGCCUUCUCCAUACUCAACUUUGUGUUUUCCGAAAAGGUCUACGGUGCCCUCUUUAAGCUUUUGAGCGUCGGGGUGGACGGGCUUGAUGCGGGCGUGCGGGCGGUGGCGACCGUGCACGACGCAUUGCGGCUUGUGAUGGGUGUCGUGGAACUUCAGGAAGUGUAUGUUGACAUAGCGUUGCCAGUGCUCAAGGACGACGUGGACCGCACAGUGUAUCUCCCCUCCACGCGCGUGGGCACGCACGGCCUCAAAUGCUUUGAAGAGGCAUUACUGUUCCACUUGCCAGUCGUGGCGCACGUAGCACUCUACGUGGGCGCGCCGUACGUGGACGUGGCAACCGUUGCGCUCGACAUUCUUGCGCGUGCGGCCGCGUCUGCGCCGUUCGUCGCGGACGGUCUCCCGGGUGGACGCAUGCUCACGUGCCUCAGCUCGAUUGACGAGUCGACCAGGAUCCGGUUUGGGUUUAUUUCCCAGCUUGAGUCACCCGUCGACUCCGCCGAAAACUACGUGCUCAAGCUCCGUCUCUUGCGCUUUUUGGCCAACAACCUCAUGGCGUCGGCGUCGCUCGCACACUUCUUGCUCGGCUUCACGAUCAAGACGCCAUCGAUCCUCACGUUGGGCGCGCCCGACGAACAGGGAACCAUCCGCUCUGACGGCUCCGUCCUCAAGAGCGUUAUCCAGCUUGUCGUCCAGGCGUUGGGCCCGGUAACUGCCACUAACGUCGACUACGCGCCGGUGCGGUUGGCAGCGUUGGGACUGGAGCUUCUCGUGCGCUUGUGCAAGGACCGCCUCACCGCGACGCUGGUCAUGGACUACUUGCGCGAAGCGGAUAUGUUGUACAUGUUGCUCAAGCUUGACGUGAAGCUCGACCGUGCGACGCAGUGGAACGCGCAGACGUUUGAUGCAGACUUGGCCUCCGACUUUGCAGCCGCGUCGCCCGGACCAGGUGCGCUUCUCUCAUUCAUCGGCUGCCGCAACAACAUCCUCGCGUACGUGACGAUGGAGUUGUACGAGCUCUCGCGCCGUGGCGCGCUCUCACGCUUGCUGGCGUUUGUCACGGACUUGGUGGAGGCCAAGGGCUUCCUCCGCGGCGCGCCAAAGGUGUUGAACUUCCUCGACGUGUUGGAGUUUGGCUUUGACGAGCUUGAUACCGCCGCCGCGCGCGAGCUUGGCGCGCGCUACAAUGUCGCGUACCUUUUGUCACAAGUUACGCUCCGUGACACGUGCGGCCCCCGCGGCAUUUUCGAUGUGGCGGUGCUCGAGAACGUGUGCACGUUGCAGAUGAAGACAACCGUCGCGCCUGCCGCACGCACCGCGUUCCGUACGGACCUUAUGCGGGCAGGCACGCAGUUGUCGGACUUCCUCACGGGCCACCUCGUGGCUGCGGACUUGACACGCUUGCAGCUCACCGCGUUGCAUCGCUGGGUGCAGUUGGUCCAGGUUCUCGUGACGGAUGGGAUGACCACCAGCGCCCGUCUGAACUUUAUCUUGGAGGUGUUUCAGUACAUCUUGCCCAAGAUCAACGACUACUACGAGGUGAACGUGGCCUUUUCUGAGGAACUUGUUUCGUUAAGCGUAUACUUGUACGAUAUAUACGAGCGUGACCGUGCCGUGUUGACGGCAGAAGUGGGUGCGGGCACGAACCAGGCCAAUGUAGCGCUCAGCGCCGCGCGCAUGUUCCCGUUGUUCAAGACGUGUGUUGCGGGAAUCGUGUGUGCACAGUCAUCGCCGGCGUUGCGCUCGGACUUGUACGUGUUGGCGAACAAGUACUUGAAGAGCGUCGCGGGUAGCGCGGACGUGGUGCACGACUUGCGUCACACGGUCAAGGCGUGUGCGCCCAAGCUCAUUGGCGUGGUGUGCAAUGACUCUAUCUGCGGCGAGGGCGCGCCACGCAUCACGUCAUUGCUCUUGAUGGACUCGUUGUGCCACCUUGCAUCGCACGGGAAGCUCAACUUUGUGUUGAUGGACAUGAUGAAGAACAAUUACUUGGCGUUGUUGGUGCGCUCCAUUGCCCGUACAGACGAUCUCAUCACGUUGUGCCGCGCGCCGCGCGGUGAUAAGCUUUCCGGGGCGCCCGCAGUCGGCGUCAGUGCUGAUACGCUCUUGUACGAGCUCACCGCGUUCAAAACUACCUUGUACUUUCUCAUCCGCGUCGCCGCGUCCAAGCAGGGUGCGCAGCAGUUGGUGCAGUGCGAGUUGUUCAAGACCAUCCGCCGCGCCGCGUUCUUGCGCGUCGAUCCCGACUUGGGCGUCGACUUGGUGUUUGACGAGUCCAAGCACGGUGUCUCCGUCAAAUUUUCCUUGGACAAGCCGCUAGCGGUUGCCAACGGCAUUUCGUACUUUGAGCUUCUCGUACCGAUCUUCCAGUUGGUGUCGGCGGUGCUCCUCUCCAUGGGCUCGGCCAAUCAGCCCGUCAUCCAGCAGGUGCGCGAGCUCAUGGUGCACUUUGACAAAUUGACCGUGGGGGUGCUCAAGCGCGAUGCCUUGCUUGAACUGGGCGGACACGAGGAGGAGAGCGUUUCGUCCAUGGGGUUGCAAGAGAUGGUGAAGUUGUUGGUAUUGUUGGCGACGUUGACACAUGAAUAACUGUGAGCAACCGUGAAGAGGUCUUGCUGCAGACUAUUCGAGCUUCUGGUUAUUAUAAUUAAGUGUACAUUAAAGCAUUCUACUGGCGGUAGCCGAAACAG